AUCAACAGCUGAUCACCACCUCUUUGUCUCUCUUCUCUCUUGACCAAUUAUGAAUCGACGUGGGCGUAGGGCACCCGAGGAGGUCAUCAGAAAAAUGGAAGAGGAAGAGGAGGAACGAUUAAUUGUACCGCAAGUUCAACCAGCGGAAUGUUUUGGAGCAAGACACGUCCUGGCUCUCAUGGGUUUCCUUGGUUUUGCCAAUGUUUAUGCAAUGAGAGUCAACUUAUCAGUUGCGAUUGUUGCAAUGGUCAACAACACAGCCAUUCCUCAUGUUAACAAAUCGGAGUCGGAUGCUUGCCCAGCGCCAAGUACCAACCAAACUGAGCCCACUGAGGAUGGAGAAUUUGUGUGGACCGAAUCGGAACAAGGCCUCAUCCUUGGUUCAUUUUUCUGGGGUUACGUCUUGACCAACAUGGUAGGAGGGAGGUUGGGUGAGGUCAUUGGCGGAAAGCUUGUUUUUGGAUUUGGUGUGCUAGUUACGGCUGUAUUGACAUUGCUGACUCCUGUCGUAGCGCAGGCAAGCACCCCAUUGCUGAUUGCUCUUCGAGUUAUUGAAGGACUAGGAGAGGGAGUGACAUUUCCCGCAAUGAAUUCAAUGAUGGCGAAGUGGAUCCCGCCUUUGGAGAGGAGCAAGAUGGGCGCACUUGUUUAUGCCGGAGCACAGUUCGGGACGGUAGUGUCUCUGCCAAUCUCAGGACUGUUGUGCCAGAGUAGCUUCUUAGGAGGGUGGCCGUCUGUCUUCUAUGUGUUUGGGGCAUCGGGUGUCGUGUGGUUUGCGCUGUGGAUGUUGCUGGUCUACAAAACUCCCGAGGCACAUCCUCGUAUUUCCUUAGACGAGAAGAUCUACAUUCAGACUUCACUGAACCAGUCCCCAAGUGAUAGUGGAGCAAAGAAGAUCCCGUGGAAGCACAUUCUUCUCUCAAUGCCUUUCUGGGCCAUCUUUGUUGGCCAUGUUGCACAGAACUGGGGCUUCUACACUCUCCUGACUGAACUUCCCACUUACAUGAAAAACAUAUUGCAUUUCAACAUAGCGAGUAACAGCUUUGUGUCAGCCUUGCCAUACUUGAUGAUGUGGCUCUUCAGCAUCGCCUCAGGACUUCUUGCCGAUCACCUUCGCUCCCAAGGCAUUCUCACUACGACUGCGACAAGGAGAAUCUUUAACAGUAUUGGACUGUAUGGGCCUAUGAUAUGCCUGGUCCUGGUUGGAUAUGCCAAUUGCAACAAAGAUGCAGCAAUUGGUUUGCUUUGUGGCGCUGUUGGUCUCAAUGGAGCAGUCUACGCAGGUUACAUGAACUCGCACCUGGACUUGGCACCUAAUUUUGCUGGCACUCUCAUGGGCAUCACCAACACUUUUGCCACCAUACCUGGAUUUGUAGCUCCUCAGGUGGUUGGCAUGCUCAUCAAUGGGCAUGAAACAAUAGGUAGAUGGAGGAUCGUGUUUUGGAUCGCAGGAAUAGUCUAUUUUGUUGGGAAUACCUUCUAUAUCAUCUUCAUCACUGGGGAACAGCAGGAGUGGAAUGAUUUGGAUAAUCCACGAGAUGAAGCCAAGGUCAUCCAUGGUGCAUCUCCACCUAGUCAGUAUGGUUCUUUCAAUCAGCGUGGAAGUCACUUAAACCCGACAAGUGCUGUGGAUGGAGCCACUUCUCCUACAACAAUACCGGAGAUUUUUUAGUCUCACUAGAAGCCACUUUCAUGACUUGGUUAAGUGAUGUUGAGUAUUUUAGACAAUCACGUACAGGUCUGGUGGGACUUUCAAGAUAUAUUAUAAGAGUUUAAGUUAUUUCCUUUUUUUAAGGAUUAUUAUAGCCAUUUGUUAUUUUUAAACACAUUAUGGGUAAGACUUUGACUGCUGUUGUGAGUACCAAAGAUCUCUUCUCAUUUAUCAUUCUUCUCUCGAUUUUCUCUUAUGAAACAGAGAUUGUCUCUAAUUUGGUAAUCUUAGACAUUCCAUCAUGACCAAGUAUUUUAUAAAGCAGUAUUUUAUACUCCGUGAAAAAACUUAGAUUGACUGAAGUUGAAAAUAUUCCAGUUUUUUUUUACAUCUAGGGGAUUAUUUAUCCUGAAUACCUCAGUGGUCUUACUGACUAUUUGUUUUAAUCCCAUGCUGAAAUAUACCAUAUAGUUUUUUUUAUAAAGAAUAGACUGUGUAUGACAUUAUACCGUAAUUUUUGAAUGGCAGUACUAGACCUCAGCAAUAUGAGAAACGUUCAUAUUUAAUUGAAACAUUCAUAUCAUCAUCAUCAUCAUCAAGGGGCUAACGCUGACGGGGACGCAUGGUCAUAUCCACCAUUCACUGCCAGCUACGAGGAUCCCUCAUGGUAAGUGUCCAGGCAGGCUCUUGGCCCAUCUCUCAUUGUGGCAGGUCUUGUUGAGCUGCCCAAGCCAUGACCUCCUAGGUUGUCCCACAGCCCUCCUCCACCCAGCACUGUCUUGUAGAGAGACAACCAGAUUGGAUUAUCCACAGGGAAAUGAGCUAGGUGCCUAUAUAGCCUUCUCAGCAGUGUCCGAGCCCUACACACCAAAGAACGACGCAAGUCCUGAUUGCCAUUCAGCCUAGCCAUGCGACAUGCUUCAGUGGCCUCCAAUACCUCCAGGGGGAUGAAAUUCUGCCUUGCCCUCAGGCAUAUGCUAAUGGAUUCCUGCACUGCUUUGAGUGUUUUUUUGCUUGAAGGACUCCCACAGAGCAACUGGGUCUGUCAGGUUUUCAGGUUCUGUGAAUUGGUCAGAGACUGCAGUGGAGAACCCACAGGCACACUCUACCUCCCUCCCUCUGUCCAAGUGAAACACCCUAGAGUGGCCACUGGAGGGACAAGGAGUUUGGAAGUGGACCCGUAGGGCAGCCACUACCAGCCAAUGGUCAAUGCCACAGAGCUCAGCACUCCGGUAAACCCUGCAAUAUUGGAGGAUCCUUCACCGACAAAAACGUGGCCCACCUCCCCAAGCAGCCCAUUAACCCCAGGGUGGUUGAGGAGCAGGAGUUGGUACAGAGCCAGGGUAUGUCCACAUGCCGGUGGGCCAUGGCUCCGUACCUCUGGGGCCUCCUGCUGCUCUGAGAUCCCCCACAGUUUAGCCUGGGACCACAAGGCGCCCAUUUUCCAUGGGUGGCCACGAGGAGGCACUGCAGAAGUCUUGAUGAUGGAGAGGUUGUGAACUGGCAGGGGAGGCUUAUGAAGAGCUGCUCCAUAUUUUGCACUAGGCUAGCUGGCAGCUGCAAGCGAGAAGGCAUGCAAACACUUAACACUAUCUAGGCUACCACACCAUCGCUUUACAUCACCCUGAGCAUUGAAGCACCUACUCACAUGCAUAUGUUAAUGCAAUUACUGCAUUUUUUUGUUGUCAAGAAAGUUCUCUCAAGUGGUUAACCCCUCCAGUCACAAUUAAGGCCCAAUUUUCAUAAAAGUUUCAAGCCAAAUAGUUGUGUAAUGUUUCAGAUAUAUUUUACACAUCGGAAAAAGCAUAUUCCACUGACAACUGUCAAAUACAUAAGCACAGUGUAGGAUCAAUGCUGGAAUGUUAAUAUAGGUACAAGAUUUAGACUUCUGUGAGAAUAUAGAUUUGAUUUUACUGGUAGACCUCAAUUUAUGGUUGCAAUCCAGAAUCCAUACUAUAAAAGGAAAUUAUGUAAAACAAAACUAUUUUUCCAAUAAGAAAUGACUAUAAAAGACAGGAUGCAUUCCCCGACUUCCCUCCCAGAUGUCUUGACUCUUUUCACAGUUGAAUUUCAUAAAAUAAAACUACUUGAACAGAUGAUACAUGUAUAAAUAUAUUAUACACAAUAAUACAAGACAGAUAGGUGUUAGAGAGAAAGACUUGGUGAAUGACAGUGGUGCAGGUAAUGGUCGGCCAUUCAGAGGCAUACUAAGUCGUAGGGGCCAGGCUUGUUUGCUGGUUUUCGUCUUCUCCUUUAAGAAUUUUUCGUGACAGCUAAAACUUUCUCUGCCAUCUCAUUCAACUUUUGUACUUCUUUUCUUCUUUGGGUAGGUGUUGAGGUUUUCUUUAGCUGUAUUUCCUCUUUUUUAUAAGUUCAGUUUUGAUCCUUAAAUGAGUAGGUAUUUCUCCAGGAUAAUUAUAAUAUCAGGGCACAUUUCACCAAUAUAUUUACAAUAUGUACACAUAAAACAAAACCAAAAUCUGCAUCCUCAAGAAACUCAACAUUAAUAUGGUACUGAAUAAAGGUCUUCACGGAUAACUUGUUUGCUUGUUAGAUAGAAUCUGAGCACAGACCCUUGUCAGCCGUCUUGAAAAGGUGCUUCCGAAUAAUAACGUCAGCUUUCACCUUUAUAAAAGUGGAGACUGUGAAUGUUUAGAAACCACCAUUAGCAUAGUUACAUUAACAAAAUAUAUCCAAGUUAAUCAUUUCAGGAACUCAAAAACAUAACUGUCGUAUAUGCCAAUACAUUAGGAAUACUUACAAAGGUGUGUAUGGGCACGGAGCCUGGAGCCAAGUGAAGGUUGUGCUGAAUGGGUCCCCGACCUUGCUUUGGUCGCGGGAACGGUACCAAGGAAGCAUACACACAGGCACACACACAUACACGAAAUAAUUGAAGAAAAUGGGCAUUGUAUACAACUUAAGAAAACUUACACUAACCCUGGACAGUAGGCAUCAUCAAUGUUGUAAUGUUUCACAUCCACAAUGUAACAAAUCUCAGCAAGCUGCUUUACAGUCGAUUCUUUGUGUUCUUAUUUUCUUUUUCCUUUUUUCUAAGCUGUGUUCUCUUGGGAGAAAGAGUUCUUCAGUAAAUUCCACCAUUUGAAAUGUGAGGAAUUCUAUGUCAUCUGCCUCUUCCGUAUAUUUCCAGCAAAAUACUGUAGCCAGGGACACCAUAAAAUGAGGAUUAUCUGUUUUGCCUUCCUGUAUGAAUAUAUUUUGGACAUGAGAGUAAAUAAACCCAUUGUUGCUGGAUACAUGGACUGUCCACUGAAGUUUGUUUUGAGAAUAUUAUUUGCACUUAUAUGACCCCACAAGUGCUCAGCCUCGAGGAACCAGUUAGUAGGCCUACGUGAUCUUACCUGAUUUCUCAAACAGUGAUUUUUUUUU